UGCAAAAAUCAUCGUAAACCUCUCUAAAAUGAAUUCUGGGUUUUAGCUAAGGGAUAGAUAGAUAACAUUAAAAUCAACCGUCGGAGAUUCUGAGGUUGUUUCCUGAUCCUGAAUGGAGCCAACAGCUGCAUGCAUGAACAGGAGUAGCAGGUCGUCUUCAUGUGAAAGGUUGGUGGCUAUUAGCUUGACACUUCUAGCUGUCUUUUCACCUCUCUAUAUCAACCGCAGACCCACCAGUGACUUGGAACUCGAAGAUCAAACCAUCAAUCUUGAUUCCUGGUUGCCUCUUUUGCUCCUGCUGCUCAUCUUGGCCAUAGCCUUGUCCCUUUACUUGGACCAGAGCUUUUCCAGGUUUGAUCCUUACUGGAUACACAGAGUUGGGGGUUCUUCUGGUGGUAUCAUCAUCAUUCUUUUGGUUCUUGCUUUGGUUUUAAAGUGUAAAGCUUCUAUGAUGAACUAAAAGGCCUGGCUGCAAUUUUGUGUUUUGAAAUUUUCAGUACUUUCAGAGCUUAGAGAUAGGUAUUUUUGUUAUGAAAUUGAUGUAAAUUUCUUGCUUUCCAUCUCUUUUUAUUCCUUUUAUUUCACUUUGAACUGCCAGAUACUUAUUUUUAGACUCUAGUUUUUGUUUUU